UGUUACCAGGAAUGGUCAUCUGCCCAUUUCCAGUCAGAGGACAGAGUCCUGUGUUGUCCCUGCCUAUGUUUCACAAGCCUGGAGGAGGGCUUUGCAGGAUAAAUAGGCAGCAGCACCCGGGAAACUCCAGCAUCCGGGCAGGCGGCACCUCUGGAUCCACUGCCCACAUCCCCCUCUCGCAGGCAGACAUGAGGGCAGAGACAAUGGCCCCCCUCCUGGCUCUGGGGCUCCUGCUGGCUGGGCUCUGCAGUGUCCACUGCCUCCCAGAGAAUGUGGUGGUGAAGGACCAAGACAGAAGGGCACAUGUGGAUGACCACACAUUAGCCUCCAGCAACACCGACUUCGCCUUCAGCCUCUACAAGCAGUUGGCUUUGAAGAACCCCAAUAAGAAUGUCAUCUUCUCCCCGCUGAGUGUCUCCAUAGCCUUGGCCUUCCUGUCUCUGGGGGCCCGGGGCUCCACCCUGACAGAGAUCCUGGAAGGUCUCAAGUUCAACCUCACGGAGAUCCAGGAGACAGAGAUCCACCAGGGCUUCCAGCACCUCCUGCAGACGCUCAAUCGACCCAACAACCAGCUGCAGCUGAGCGUGGGCAACGCCAUGUUCGUGCAGGAGGAGCUGAAGCUGCUGGACAAGUUCAGGGAAGAUGCCCAUGUGCUGUACUCCUCCGAGGCCUUCCCGACCAACUUCAGGGAUCCUGAAGCUGCCAGGAGUCUAAUAAAUGACUAUGUGAAGAAUAAAACCCAGGGGAAAAUUGAGGAGCUGUUCAAGGUCCUUACCCCAGAAACGGUGUUGGUCCUGGUGAACUACAUCUACUUUAAAGCCAGGUGGAAGAUCCCCUUUGACCCCAAACACACAGAGCAGGCAGAGUUCCAUGUGAGCAAGAACGAGACGGUGCAGGUGCCCAUGAUGGCCCUUGGCCUGGAAACCCCUUACUUCCGGGACGAGGAGCUGGGCUGCACGCUGGUGGAGCUCACGUACACCAGCAACGACAGCGCCCUCUUCAUCCUCCCCGACGAGGGCAAAAUGCAGGACCUGGAAGCCAAGCUGAUCCCGGAGACGCUGACGAGGUGGCGAAACUCCCUGCAGCCCAGUAAAAUACAUGAACUCUACCUGCCAAAAUUUUCCAUCAAAAGCAACUAUGAGCUGAAUGACAUCCUCUUCCAGCUGGGCAUUGAGAAAAUAUUCACUGACGCUGCUGACCUGUCAGGAAUCACAGGGACUGGGGACCUGGUAGUCACCCAGGUGGUCCACGGCGCUGCGCUGGACGUGGACGAGGAGGGCACGGAAGGAGCUGCUGCCACGGGAAUCAGCAUCGAAAGAACGGUCUUGAGAACCACUGUGCGUUUUGACAGGCCCUUCCUGAUUGCCGUAGUUCUCAAAGACACCCAGAGCAUCAUCUUUUUGGGGAAAGUCACCAACCCCAGUUAAGCCUAGAGCUCCGCUCUGAGCUGUGGGUGCCCUCCCUGAGGAGCAGGAUGCCCAGGUCCCUGGGUGCAGCCUGGCCCCUGGGCACUGAGGGUCCACCCUGCCUGUCCCACCUGCUCGCCCCUGGGGAGGUGACAGUGACGAUGCUGGGGCUCCAUAAGCACAGGGACUCUGUGUCCAGGUCACAGGGAGACUCUGAAACCUCUGACAGCAAUAAAGCACCUUCCUUGGA